AUGAGCAAACCUAUUAAAGAUUUGGCCGCUGAUGCUUACAUUGAUGAAUCAGUGACUUUUGAAUCCUUCCAGCUCGACGCAAGGUUGUUGCAGGCCGUUAAACGUGCAGGGCUUCACCAUCCUACAUUGGUCCAAUCGCAUGCUAUUCCGUUAGCACUUCAGCAGAAAAGAGAUAUUAUUGCUAAAGCCGCAACUGGUUCCGGUAAGACAUUGGCCUACUUGGUCCCGGUUAUUCAAACGAUAUUGAACUACAAAGCGAAUGCUCCAAAUGAGGCGGAUGAGGGGUCCAGCACGUUAGGUAUUAUUCUGGUGCCAACUAGGGAAUUGGCUCAGCAAGUUACUGCAGUACUAGAGAAGAUGAUUUUGUUUUGUUCCAAGGAUAUAAAGACUUUGAACGUUUCCUCUGAUCUGUCUGCUUCGGUGAUGACGGCGCUACUUUUGGAGAAACCAGAAAUCAUUGUAGCAACUCCAGGUAAGCUGACUAACUUGUUAGACACCAAGAUAAAUUAUAUUUCACUGGAUAACCUAAAAUUUUUUGUCAUUGAUGAAGCCGAUUUGGUUUUAACCUUCGGGUAUCAGGACGAUUUAAAUAAGAUUGCCGAAUACUUACCCCUGAAGAAAAAUCUUCAGACUUUUUUGAUGAGUGCUACUUUGAAUGACGAUAUCAACGAAUUGAAGACUAAAUUUUGCCGAGCUCCUGCCAUUUUAAAGUUUAAUGACGACAACAUUAACAAAGACCAGACGAAAUUGGUUCAGUACUACGUUAAAACUAAUGAAUUUGACAAGUUUUUAUUAUGUUAUGUCAUUUUCAAGCUGAACCUGAUCAAAGGUAAAACGUUGAUCUUUGUUAACAACAUAGAUAGAGGGUACCGACUAAAGCUAGUAAUGGAACAAUUCGGCAUCAAAUCUUGUAUUUUGAACAGUGAAUUACCAUCCAACUCCAGACAACAUAUCGUCGAUCAGUUCAACAAAAACUUGUACAGUCUUCUGAUAGCCACAGAUGAUACAGAUUUCCUGAAGGAAGGAGAUGAGGGUGAAGAACAAGAAAGUGUAGAGGAACAAACGGACAAUCAAGAGACAAAGGAUACAGAGGAGCCCAAUAAGGAGCAAAAUACCAAGAAAAGAAACCACACUGAGGUUAAGCAAGAUAAAGAGUACGGUGUUUCCCGUGGUGUUGAUUUCAAGAAUGUUGCCUGUGUGUUAAAUUUUGAUCUACCGACGACGGCUAAGUCAUACGUUCACAGAAUUGGUAGAACCGCGCGUGCGGGUAGAUCCGGGACGGCUAUCUCAUUUGUAGUUCCACUAAAGGAUUUUGGUAAACACAAGCCAUCGAUGUGCCCUACAGCCAAGAGAGACGAAAAAAUAUUUUCCAGGAUUCUGAAGCAGCAAAGUAAGCUUGGUCUGGAGUUGCAGCCAUACUCGUUCGACCCUAAACAAAUUGAGGGUUUCCGUUAUAGAAUGGAGGAUGGUUUCCGUGCUGUGACCCAAGUUGCUGUCAGAGAGGCUAGAAUUAAGGAGUUGAGACAGGAGUUACUUGCCAGUGAGAAGUUAAAAAGACAUUUUGAGGAGAACCCAAAGGAGUUGCAGAGUUUAAGGCACGAUAAGGAAUUGCAUCCUGCUAGAGUGCAGCAGCAUUUGAAGAGAGUCCCUGAGUAUUUGCUACCAGAUGCCGCGAAGCAAGGUGGGAAGAAACCAAGGUUUGUUCCCUUUCACAAUCCGAAGAAAACUCGCCAUAAUAAGGGUAAAGUUGGUAAACGGAGAACCGCUAAAGCUGACCCAUUGAAAAACUUCAAAUGA